GAGGACGCGCCGGCGCAUCAAAACGUGUCUGACUCGCGCCCAGUGGCGUGCCGCGCUGUGCUCUGUAGGUCAUAAUGCAGUGUGUGUGCUAAUCUACUGACGAGAACUAUGAGGCUGUCACUGCACAUAGCGGUGGUCCUGCUUGCGGUGUACCACACCUGCAAAGCGGAUCUAGCAAGAAGAGAUGUAUCAAGCUUAUACAACCAGAACUAUGGGGUCCUGGGAGCUCCGAUAGAUGCUAACUUGAACGAGGACGGGUACUUCUACCCAAAGCCCAAGAUACCAUUCCCUCCGCCGCCGCCACCUUCGAGACCACCGCCGCCACCUCCACCGCCUCCGACUAGACCGCCACCUCCUCCACCACCACCGUCAACAAGACCUCCGCCACCACCACCACCGCCGCCGCCGCCUCCUACGAGACCACCUACGCAACCACCUACUUACAGUACACAGUUGGAUUUAAGCAAGACAACAGGAUACGACUAUCCCACUCCUAAAGUACCUUUCACAUUCCCCACUCGUCCGCCACCACCGCCACCGACCACACAACAACCUGCUACAUACCUACCACCAGUCACUAGGCCACCGCCACCGCCACCCCCGUCCACAACCAGGCGGCCACCACCUCCACCCCCGCCACCUCCGACAACAAGACAGCCCUCAACAUACUUACCUCCUCUGACAACCAGAAGACCGCCGCCGCCUCCUCCGCCCACCACAAGACAACCCUCUACAUACUUACCUCCCUUCACGAGCACUAGGCUGCCACCGCCACCUCCGCCUCCACCGACGAGACCGCCACCUCCGCCACCACCACCACCGACAAGACCACCACCUCCUCCCCCACCGCCACCAACUAGACCUCCACCACCUCCGCCUCCGCCACCAACUAGACCUCCACCACCUCCGCCUCCGCCACCAACAAGACCACCACCACCGCCUCCACCACCACCAACGAGACCACCACCGCCACCUCCACCACCACCAACGAGACCUCCACCUCCACCACCGCCACCGCCAACUAGACCACCAACAACCUACCUACCACCUCAGACAACAAGGAGGCCACCGCCGCCGCCGCCGCCGCCACCGUCCACAACAAGGCGUCCGCCUACUUACUCCACUUCUAAAACAACCGGUUACGACUAUCCUACCCCGAGUGUAGUUUUCACCUUACCUACAAGGCCCCCAACACAACCUCCACCUUCUCCGUCGCCGACUACCAGACCUCCACCGCCGCCAUCGCCAACCACUAGACCACCACCACCGUCACCCAGGCCUACGUCGCCCACCCCAGGAUAUACUUAUCCCACUCCAUCGCGUAUUCCCUUCACAACGAGACCACCCGUUUAUAUCACUCCGCCUACCACUCAAAGACCGAUUUACAUUCCACCUUCUACCACUAAAGUACCCUACACGACCCGACCGCCUUUUGUACCUGAUCAGGGUUACUACUACGACAGGCCUAAGGUGCCCUUUGUUUUCUAACUUAUAAUUAGUGACUUCUUUCUAAGAUGCCAUACUUAAUGUGAUACCAAACUUAGUUCUUUUCUCUCAAACAUUGAAACGGUUUUUCAUUAUAACUCAUAUCAACUAAAUUUAUUCC